AGCACUUCGCCCAAACAGAAUGUAUUGGCGACAAGGCAUCUAUUUGAAUUGGUCUCCUGAAGCUUAUUGCCUGGUAGAAUCUGAAGUCUUAGAUAAUCAUCCAGAGAGUUUCCUAAAAAUUACAGUUCCUUCUUGUAGAAAAGGCUGUAUUAUUUUGGGACAAGUUGUGGACCACAUUGAUUCUCUCAUGGAAGAAUGGUUUCCUGGGUUAUUGGAGACUGAUAUUUGUGGUGAAGGAGAAACUUUGUUGAAGAAAUGGGCAUUAUAUAGUUUUAAUGAUGGCGAAGAACAUGAAAAAAUUUUACUUGAUGAGUUGAUGAAGAAAGCAGAAGAAGGUAUGUGUUGAUGCAACUUACAUAUG